UCGCGGCUCCAUCGUGGACAUUGGCAUCGUAGUUGACGUGCACGGUUGUACAGAGAACGCUUUGCACUUGGCUCGGAUAAAAUCGGCCUAUAACCCCUCUCCUUCUCUCUGCAUUAAACGAACAAACUUGAUUCUUUUUUAGAUCUUGUUAUCUCCGAGUGGUACGAGUCAACGAUAUGUCUGUGUACGUUACUAAAUAUCAUUAGUGAUAAAAUUUGUUCGGCACUAAAUAACCAUGAGAAUAUAAACCGAUCGGUCAUUUUCAAUGUUUCGAAUGUUUCCACGGGUAGUGAGUGAGUGAUCGAUAUUUUCUUACAAUUAUUCGUUUGAGCGUCGACUCGUCUUUUCAACAUCAUCCAUUCCAGCACGCAGCUUCGCUAAUCUGUCCGUCGUUUACACGACGGUUUCGAUACGCUGCCGCACACAAGCGCAUUUUGACGCAUCGGGUGUACAUGCGCACGUCAGACGGAGAGAGAGCAAGAGAGCGGGAGAGAGAGAAGUGAGAUCCAGCCGGGUGCACCGGACGACGCGUGUUCAAUUGAAAAUCAGGAAAUGGCGGACACGACUGUAGACGCUACGCGGCGCUUAAAUGUGAAAAAACAAACGUUGGACGACGCUUACGCGGCGCCCGCGAACUUCCUUGAGAUCGACGUAAUUAAUCCAAUCACACAUGGUGUCGGCAAGAAACGAUAUACCGAUUAUGAAGUUCGCAUGAGGACAAAUUUACCAGUCUUUAAAGUAAAGGAUUCAACUGUAAGAAGGCGAUAUAGUGAUUUUGAGUGGCUAAGGAACGAAUUAGAAAGAGACAGUAAGAUCGUAGUGCCACCUUUACCUGGAAAAGCCUGGAAACGUCAAAUGCCUUUUCGUGGGGAUGAUGGUAUAUUCGAGGAAGAUUUUAUUGAAGAUCGAAGGAAAGGCUUGGAAGUUUUUGUUAACAAAAUAGCUGGACAUCCCUUGGCACAGAAUGAGCGAUGUUUACACAUGUUUCUACAGGAAGCUGUAAUAGACAAGAACUAUGUACCUGGGAAAAUACGUAAUACAUAAGUCACUGUAAGAAGUACCUUUUCAAAUACCUUUUCCACCAAGCCUUUUACUACAUUCGUGAGGUCACGUUUCAUUGUAUUGACAUCUUAUUUGGAAGUUACGGACGUCCCUCAAUAUUUUUGCAACAUCAUCUAAGCAAACUUCCAAUUGCUAUGAUUACUGAAUCAGAAUACGUAUUUGAAGAUAUACACAUACACAACACAUACAUACACACACACAUUUAGUUCACUCCGUAAAUAUGCUAAUCUAUGGUAUAAAAAAAUAUAACUAAGCAUCUUUAUAAGGAAAAGAAUAGAGUAAAUCGGCAAAAUCACUCUUGUUAGUAGGUUGAUUCUGUCUACUGUUAUCAUAAUACUGUUUAUAACAAAGGAGAUAAGUAAAAUAAAAAAAAUGUUAUCAUUCGUAAAUUAUGUCAUAUAGAACGAACCCUUUGUAGUGCUAUAAUUUCAAUAAUUUGUACGGUAGCAAGCACUCGUUUGAUAUGUUUAAAUAUUUGAUAUGUAAGCCGUUAGAUGGAAUAGUAGCAUGAGUCAAGUAAAAUCAUCUUUUCAUAAGCGAAAGUUUACUUUUGGCAAUACAAUCGACAGAAGGAUGGUAGAAGUUAGUUAGAGAUAUUGAAUAAAUUUGUUAUAUAGAUUAUUAUCGUUGAGAAAUUAAUGUAUUAGCGAUAUCUUGAUAUAUUAAAAUUUUGAGCUAUUUCUAGAAAUAUUUUUGUAAGCCAAAAGACUGACUUUUAAGCAAUUGAAAUAUGAGCAAGAUAUUUUAUUUGAACAAAUGAAAAUGCUCUCAAUGUUUUGCAGGAAAUUAUUUGCAGCUUAUUUUUUUUUGUCACGUAAGAUCAUACCGCUUGUGUCACUAAUAAGUUGUAUCAUUAAACGGAUUGUCUUGCAUAACGCUUUGAUGCAUGAUUCGUUUAGCACGAUAUAAAAAAUUCUCGGUCACUUUGUAUGAUAAAAAUAAAUAAACAAUGUUAUAGCUUGCAACUACUGUUCCGCUCAAUGGCUCAUGCGUCCGUGUGAAUUGCUCAAAAAAAAGGGGGGGAAGAAGAAGAAAAUGAAUUACGUUGUAAAUUGUAGUGCUCACGUUUUCUUUCUUUUUUACUAUUGUAUUAUCUCAUUGUUGUUAUUUUUAUUAUUAUUAAUCGAUGUUAUUACUAGGCUAAGUAACUAACUUCUUUUUAUGAUUGUAAAGAAUUAUUUUAUACAUUCGCUAAAUUUUUGUGUAUAUACAUACACACACACACACAUACACACACAUACACACACAUAAGCGUACAUAAUACGACUAGCUCGUAUCAUCUCCAGUCUCUAACUGUAUGGCAUUUUCACUAUUUAACAAGUCGUCCAAAUCUACAAAUCAGAUAAUAAGAAAUAUGUUACGAAGCCAUACUGAUGUAGCUGAAUUUCAUCAUUGAUAACUUACCUGUGGCAAAUCAAUAUUUUAAACAAAAAGAAAGAACAAAUUAUGUCACUUCUGCGCUAUUUGCCUUGGCAAAAGUGCAACUUCAGAACUUGUUUGGUGCUUUGUGAAUCUCCAUAUUGUAUAUGACUUCUUGAUUUUACAUAUGUAGAAUAUCUAGUACAUUAUUAUUAUUAUUAUUAUUAUUAUUAUAUUAUUACUAUAAUCAUCGUCAUUGCCAUCAUCAUUAGUAUCGUGAUCAUUUUGUUUUAUUAUCGUUCUAUAUUGUAUCUAUUAUUAUUAAAGUCAACAGUAAAACUAUUAAUUGUACUUGAUAUCUCAUUGUCAUUUUGUCCGAUCACAUUUGUAUGCCGGGGAUCUCGAUUUCAUAUUGCGACACAAACUCUAAUUCACGACGUGACUUCUCCUUAUUAGAGAGACUUUACUCAUAACACAAGUCAUUUAAUUAUUUACUACAUUAAUUACAUUGUUACAACAAUAAAUUUUAAUUUCUGUCGCAGGUAAGAUUUUUAAAUGCUAGAAUAUAAGCACUUUCUGAUAGUGUGACUGUUAUGGCAACUUUACAUUUUGCACAAACACACUCGUAUAUAUUUACAUUGAAUAAAAAUUGUCGUUAUAUGUCUCUAUAUUUUCGCUAAUUUUUUUUUUUUGUUAAAUGGAGAAGUCUGUUUUUCGCAAUGUCCCAACUCUAAACGUUAAAAUAUCCCCCUCUCUCUCCCGUGAGCUGUUUUCUACUUGCAAACAUUGGUUGCAUUCAAGCUGCUUUACAACUGUUGUAAAAUUCGUAAAUCUAAUUGGCAUAUGCUCUCAAAUUUAGCUGAGUCCAAGAGCACGCAUUAAUCAAAUUUGCGAAUCUUACAACAGUUGCAAAGCAACUUUUCUGCUGAAUGUAGCCAUUGUCUUUACUCGGCCAUAAUUGUUAGGCAGGAAUUAUAUACGUCUAUUUAUAUACGGUGUAUCUACAUAUACCUAUAGAUCAAAUGUCUCAGAAUCUUACACCAUACAGAGAUUUACAUCAGAAUACGAUGCCUACAUUUUACUGGCUUGUAUU